AUGCCACCCGAGUUUAAGGAAAAGUAUUCAUCGACUCGAGUAAUCCUGGACGCCACGGAAAUACAGUGCGAGGUGCCAUCAUCCUUGUCCCUACAGUCUACAACGUACUCCCCAUACAAGUCGAGCAACACAUGCAAGGGACUCAUCGGCGCCCUUCCUAAUGGCCUUGUCGCCUUUGUGUCAGAGCUUUUCACAGGAUCCAGCUCAGACAGAGAGUGUGUGAUCAAGAGUUGUUUUUUAGACUUGAAGUUUGACGACGAAGAUGCUGUUAUGGCAGAUAAAGGUUUUCGCAUCGAAGAUCUCUUGGAAAAGAAUGGAGUGAAAUUGAACCUACCGCCGUUCCUGAAGGGUGGCACAUUCUCGCCUGAGGAAGUUAAAACUACAAAGGAGAUUGCUGCUUUGCGGAUACACGUGGAGCGGCGGAUACAGCGGAUAAAGGCAUUCCACAUUUUUGAUAGACUCAUACCGUUAACCUUGGCUCCACUGAUUAACCAAAUUUGGACUGUGACGGCAAUCCUGAGCAACUUCCAGUCUUCUCUCAUUCAACAGUCGAGUGGAAAACCGCAACAAGAGCCUUAG